CCGCGUCGGGGAGCGGCGGAGCGCCCUCGCGAGCACCGGCGCUGGCCAUGCCCUGGGCGGCCGCACGCGCACGGGCGCCGGCGGCCGCGCCGGCGGCCGCGCCAGCGCCACGCGGGGGCCCGUCGCAGCGGGCAGCGCCGCGGGCGACGCGCGGCGGCCCGCUGGGCGCCGUCGCGGCGUCUGCAGCGCGGCACCCCUGCCGGCAGCCAUGCAUGCGCCAGCGCAGGGCGCGGCCCUGCGCGCCACGGGGCUCAGCAUAAGCAGUCCCAAACAGGACGCGCUCCCGCUGUCGACCAUGUCCAGGCACACCAGCGACUCCACGGCCUCCUCGCCGAACUCGUCCUCCGUCAGGCUGGGGCGGCGCAGGACAGAGCCCGCGGACCUGGCGGCAGCCUGCGAGGGCGCCUUCAGAUCCGGGAGCCCGAGUGCCCUGCUCGACAAGGCGGCGGCAGGAAGGAGCGCGAGCCACGGCUCCGCGGCGGCGCCGGCGGAGCGGCAGCUGUGCAGCGGCAGCAGCGGCUCCUCCUCGGGCCUGGCGGACAGGACGCUGCAGGCACUGGCGGGGCGGCCUGGGGCCGAUCCGGCCGUCCUUCCACUCGCGGGCGCCGCGGGGAGCGCCGAGGCGGCGGGCAGAGAGGCCGAAAUGACGGAAGCGCUCAUUGCGAAGGGGACCUCCUCCUACGGGCGCCAGAUGUCCGUGGAGUCCGAGCUCUCCUGCGCUUCUUCGAAGCAGUUUUCCUCGGCGACCGAUAUGACGGUCCUGAGGAAGGCCAAUUUUGGCGAGCGGUCAAGAACGUGGACGGCGGAGUCUCGACGCCCUCACAGACUCAUCAUCGACAAGAUUGAGAACGAGCUCGACGGCGAAGACGAUCAACUUUGCGUCAGCAGGUAUUCUUCGAAGCCUCAUCCGGCGCAGGAGGUGAACACGCCUGGGCAGUGGGUCUCGGUGUGGGGGGCGACCCCGCAGAAGGAGGACCGCUACGUGCCGUUCUUCUCUCAGAAGAGCACGUUCUUCGACGGCGACUUCAACAGGAUGAGGCACCGUGUGGGCAUGGAGAGCCACCGCGGGCAGAAGCCGGAGUCGCCCAACCAGGACGAUUUCUUCUUGCUGGCGCGCAAAGAGUGCGUCUUGUUUGGGGUGUUGGACGGCCAUGGGCUCGAGGGGCACGAGCUAUCGCACUUCGCCCAGCAGCGCUUGCCUGCCAUGAUCAUGGAGCGUCUGAGGAGGAACGGCGAGGCUUGGGAGGACGCCGUCCGCCAGUCCGUCGCGGACCUCGCCGUGCUGUCGAAAACACACUUCGAGGGCACGGUGGCGGAUUCUGGAACCACCAUCACGAUCGCGAUGCUGGACCGAGCUGGAGGCGCGACCGAGGGGCCGAUCCGGCUGCGGAGCGCCUUCCUGGGCGACUCGAUCGCGGUUCUCGCUAAGCGGAAGGCCAAGUCGGAGCCUUGGCAGGUGACCAUGCUUACAGACAUCCACCGGCCCGACAGGGAGGACGAGAAGAAGAGGAUCCUCGCGUCGGGCGGGAAGCUACACAUGUCCUCCGAGCCGGACGCGUCCUCGCGGCUGCUCACCCCCGAUUGCUACCUCGCCAUGUCGCGCUCGUUUGGCGACUUCCACGCCGUGCCUUUCGGGCUUUCCACCGAGCCCGAAUUCUCAGUCGGCGAGCUGACCGAAAACCACGACAGCUUUGUGCUCAUGGCAUCAGACGGCGUCUGGGACGUCAUCUCGCCUGCUCAGGCCGUCCAGCUGGUGGGGAAGUUCUCCCCGGACGAGGCGCAGACUGCCGUGGAACGGCUGGUCUCGAAGGCAAAGAUGAGGUGGCAGACGAAGGAAAGCGUUGUUGACGACAUCACCGCCAUCCUCAUCUGGCCGAAUUUCGCUCCCAGCGACGAGGCGUAG